AUGUCAAAUAAUUUAGACCCGAAUAAUAAUAAUAUAGAUCAAACUUAUAAUAUUACUCCUAAUCCUAAUUUGAAUUUAAUUACAAAUCAAAACUCAAGUGAAAUUACAAACAUAUCUAGUGAAUCAAAUCAACCAAAUUCUAUACAUAACUCAACUCCAGUUGCAAAUUACAACUAUAAUUCAGCUAAUCAAGAUUUAAGGGUAGUAAAUAAUCCUCAACAAACAAAUAACUUACAACAAACACCUUCUGCUCCAACACAAAAUAGUAUAACUAUAUCACCGAAUUCAAACAUGUAUGCUCAAGUAAUGCAACCACCAAAUUUUUAUUUAACUCCACUAUUUAUGGAAUAUCCUCAAUUUCAAGCUUAUAAUGCACCGGGAGGAAAUUAUAAUCAAGCACAAGUGUUACCACCGCAACAACAACAUCAACAACAAAUUCCACAACAGUUGCAUCAAUAUCAACAACCUCAAUAUUAUUAUUUACCAGCUCAACAAAUUCAACAACAUCAACAGCUAACUCCUCAACAACCACAACCAACUCAGCAACCGCAACAACAUAUUCAACAAGCCAUAUUACCAAAUUCAUAUGCAUCUUCAACUUCACAAUAUCAACCACCUGUAAAUAAUCAAGUUUUGAGUCAAAAUUAUUAUUUACAUCAUCAUCAAAAUUCAAGAGCUUCUAUAUCAUCAAAUAAAUCAUCCAAUUCUUCAAAUUCGUCAAACAAUAAUAAUAACAACAGUAAUAUAAGUGAUCAACAAAAUUUGAAUUACCCAUUACCUCCUAUAUAUAGCGUACCACAUUCUCAAUAUCAGCAACCAAUACAACAAGCACCACAUCAACCAAUAAACACAUCACCAUCAAAUGCAGUAUCAGCACCGGUUAACGAACAACAUUAUGGAGAACAACAAGUACAAUCUUCCACUUCCUCAACAUCAACAGAUCCAGUCAAAAAGAAUAGGAAACGAAGACAUACUGCAACAGUUCAUGAUAUGACUCCACAAACAGCAGAAAGAAAUAGAUGUAGAAUUUGUAAUAAACAAUUCAAAAGACCAUCAAGUUUACAAACUCAUUAUUAUUCUCAUACUGGUGAAAAAAUAUUUAAAUGUCCUUGGAUAAAAUGUGGGAAAUUUUUUAGUGUAAAAUCAAAUAUGACAAGACAUUAUAAGUUACAUGAAAGAGAUUUUAAAAAAUUUCAAGAUGCUCCAAAUAAUGUUGAUAAUGAAAAUGAAACAUCUUCAAGUUCAUAUCAUAUUCAAGAACAACCUGCAUCACAACAACAGCAACAAUUGCCAAGUUCCGGUGUAGUUGCUUCAGCAUCUACAACUGCUGGUAGAUCUUCAAUUGGAAAUCAAUUAGAAAAUACUAGUGGUGUUGUACCAUAUUCUAAUCAACCUCAACCACACACACAACCACCAAUUACUUAUCCAACAUAUCAAUCCCAAAAUAUUGAUACUAAUCGAGCGUCAGUUCAACCUCAACUUCCACAAUUUUCAUAUCAAAAACCAUUGCAACAACCAGUGUCAUAUCCUCAACAAUAUACAUACAAUAAUACUACUACAUCUACUAGUGCUGUUGGUCAUUCAUCUACAACUCCAAGUCUUCCAAGUAUAAAUUCAAAUUCAAAUCAAACGCAUUCUACAGCACAAAAUACUACACAACCUACAACAUCUCAAGCACCUAUAACUUCUUCUCAAUCAUCAUCAUCGUCUGAACCAAGACAAGCAAAUUACCUUGAUUCAUAUAGAACUUGA